CUUGCGAGCUUGGUCCCAGCAGACCCGCGGUUAGGGUAUAGGGGGACAAUACUCCUUACCAGGACGCAGCCAAGCAGACGAAUCUUACUUCGUGCUAUCAAGCGUUGAUUUGUAGAAAACAAAAAUAAAUAUAUGUAGUUUUUCCGUGAAUGGAUAUCAAUUUGAAGUAAGACACAAGAAGAAACAAUUUGGAUAUUGAAUUGGAAGUCUGGGUGGACUUGGAAGCACGUGAAGUCCAAUCGUUAAACAGAAAAAGAAAAACAAACUUAGUGUUUCCCACUAGUUGGCCGACUAGCGCUAUUCUGGUAUGGCCACUCGAAACAAAGGUGAGCUGUGUCAUCUUCAUUGGACAGACCAUGAAUCACUUCUUCGAGGAGUCUGCAACAAUCUCUUAACCACAGAAAAGUUUGCUGAUGUCACCUUAUUUUGUGAUGGUGUUGGCAUUAAGUGCCAUAAAUUCAUUUUAUCGGCUUGUAGCCCAUACUUUGAUCAGAUAUUUUCUGAAUCACCCUGUUCACAUCCCAUUAUUAUUCUAAGAGAUGUAUCUUAUUGGCAAAUGCAAGCAUUGUUGCAUUUCAUUUACAAAGGAGAGCUAAACACUGAUGAAGCUAAACUUGCUAGUUUAGUGGAACUGGCCCAAUCCUUGCAAAUCAAAGGCAUAGGUGAAUUCAGAACAACUUCAGAUGAAGUGAACACCCACACAGCUGAAGAAAGGGAGAAGGAAAGAUCAUUGGUUUCAAACCAAGUAACAAAAAAUGUGAAAGACUACCUGGCAGUAGAAGACCAUACCGAUACAUUAUCUGACAGAUUGAAUGCUUUACCUAAAGAAAGCAGUGAACUACUAGAAAAUUCCCUCUCAGUUCAGCUUGAUGCAUCUGACUUCAGUUUACAAGAGACAGAAGUUGAAUACAAUUUCGAAUCAGACCCUCUUGGAGACAGUCAACAUAUGACGUCGGCAAUGCACGAACCCAUCUUGGAAUAUCCAGAAGAAACAAGUACGGAUCCCGCCCCUCAAAAAAAGCGCUGUCUCCGCUCUAACUAUGCUACCGACAGCGACGCCGAUGCGACUAGUGAUGUUUCGGUUCCGGUAACUGUUACUCCAGUCUACAAGCGUUACACCGAUGCACAACUCUCUUCCGCCAUCAAAGCAGUAGUGGAGGAAGGAAUGAAACAAGUUGAUGCGUGCAUCAAAUACGGCAUCCCAUUUACCACACUCACCCGAAAAUUGAGCAUUUAUCGAGCAGGUGGCGGCUGCUUGCUUCCUGCUACGUCAAAAAAGAAGAAAAGAUCUCGUUCAUCAAAUGUGUCAGUGGCUUCAGUUUUAUCCAUGGAAACCGACUUGGAGAGUACAGCUAAUAUCGAAAAUGCAUCAACAAAUGAUGAAAGAGUAGUGCUCGUCAUUGAAGAUCCUUUUGACGUGUUGCCGACAGAGGUGGAUUCCAAGAAUGUGCCGUCCCUUAAACAUUAUAAAACCUACCCUGAAAACAAUUUAAAAGCAGCCAUUAAUGCUGUCCUACAGAAUGGAAUGCGUAUGCAAGAAGCUAGCAAACAUUAUAAAAUUCCCAUGUCGACGUUGUCCCGCAAAAUACGUUCUCACAAACCAAACGACCAGCAACAUCUACAAACGACGAUGUCUUUCGAUGUCCAUUCGAAUUAAUGAUGGAAAAGACGCAUAACUGAAGAACAUCUAACACACGCUCCGAUGAAUGCCUGGACUUCACAGGUCAUGCGUCGAAGACCAUCGUGAAACGGACUGGCAUUCCGAUCAUUCCUAAGUGUGAAAUUCGCGCCAUCCGCAUUAACGGGUUCAGUGGGACAGUGUCGCAAGAUUUCGACUAGGCAUUCAUCAGAGAGGUGAAAGUAUAGUUACCAUUGUGACACAGAAGUAAGGAUAUUGCGCGCUUCCUACAGGCAAAAACUCUUCAGUACCGAUUGAUACAAAAUCCAUUUAAAUCUGCAUUUUAACAGAGACCUUCGUAGACGCUUAAGGCGCCAUCAGCUUCAAAAUGGCCAGCUGGGGCGUUAUAAAUAUAUGCUGAUAGUCCGUGGUAUGUAUUCAAAUUCUCUAUCCGUCGGAAUCUUGAUUUCGACAGAUGUUUGACGAUAUAUACAUACCAGAUCGAUUCACAUCAAAGGAUUUUCGAAGGACCUAAAGUGGAGCUGAAGCAACAACCGUAUUUUAUUCUCGUGUUUCUUCUGAGACCUGUGACAAAAGAAUGGCGAUUUGCCAAAGAAUCCCCAAGUCCAUUUAAUCUGAGGGAACUGUGGUGUCCGUCUUGGCAUUCUCCAGCGACUCGAUGCAUCCAUCGGUGGGAAAUGAGCCAAACCUUUUGAGGGAGCUGCUGGAGGGAAUUAUUGAGCGGGGUAGUAAAGCAAAAGAAGAAGGAUAAAAAAAAAAAAAAAAUGAAAACAAAGCUCAGA